UAAAGGGAGCCCUUUGGGAUUCGGUUAAUUUGUCCAAAGGAGCUGUGAGCUGGUAUGUUGUUGAAGAAACCAGUAAACAAAAAAUACUGACUAUUCAUACUGAAGUCUUAUUGUCUGUGAACAGCAAGGAAGGCAAAACAGUCAGAAUUAUCUUUGAUACUAUUCACGACAUUCUUUCAGUGGUGAAGAUGAUAUUUGGAGAGGAAAAACUUCAGAAAAGCUUAGAUUCGGAGUGGAAGACCUCUGUUUUAAAUGAUAUUAAAGUUGAGAAAUCUAACUCAAUUUUUCCAAGCCCUGAGAUUAAGAAGAAUGAACCUUCGUCCAGUUCCUCAGCUUCAGAAGCAAGAGAAGAUCCUGUUGGUGUUCUUGACGCCCCUGAAGCUCGGGAAAACCUAACGCAUCAAGUAGGCAAAACCUCUGAAGCGAAGAAAAAAGAUGUCUUUGCUAUUGAAACGCAGUCUGAAUCGGAGGUUAAUGUUGCAGUGGCAGAGUCAGAAGCACUGACUCCCGCAAGUAAAAACUUAUCGCAAGUCAGGAGGACAGAGAGUAAUUCAUUCAAGGAGGUACUGAAGAGCUACAAGAUCAUGAAAGCUAAAGCAAGGAUCUUCAGUCGUUCUUUUUCUUCUGACAGGAGUAUGACAGCCUCCACACCAGUCACGGAGAAAGAGCUGAAUGAGGCUAAGAAAAGAUUGCCUUGGCAGUCCAAGAGAUUUUUUUCAGAGAGUGAGGAAAGCCCUGAACACAGUGAAGCGAGCUUGAACAGGGAACUCAAACGAUCUCAGAAGAAAAUGGACUACACCAGGAAAAAGCCAAAGAACAAAUCCAGACUGAAGAUUUUGCCUCUUUCCUCACCCAGCAGUGAAAACGAACAAAGUAAUAUUAGGAAGCAUUCAACACCGAAGUCGUUUCAAGAAAAACGAAAAGAAAAUCAGAGCGGUAUAGUUCAGUUCCUGAAUGAUUCUGAAGAAGAUCUGGAGCUUCCAGUGUUAUCAACUCAGCUAUUUGAACCUCUUGAGAGGGGCCCAGUUACAGAAGAAAAGCCAUUGAAGAGCUUGGUGCAUGUUGCAAAUGAUGAAGCCGUGUCUGCGAAGGAGCCUGUACCAAAUGACGGUGAGAUUUCCCCUGAACCUAAGAAAAGGAAGUUUGGCUUGGGCCCUGGUUCUGAGGCAGUGUUGCCUGAGGAGGCAGCACAGCACAUCAGCAGUCACAGGCUUAAACCAAGAAACCUUUUUUCGUCGAAAAAGCAAGAGAGUGAUGAAGAGCAUAAAGUUACCAAUGAGACAAUGGAGGACACUGAUUCGGGAGCAGAAGGGGGAUCCAGUGUCAUCAGUAUGUUUGAAACCUUCACAAAUCAGCUCAGGAACAAGUUCUGGUCUAGGUACAAGAGAAUGGUGAUAUGCUCACAGCAUGCCCUCAAUGACUGUGAGACGAGUGUAUCUACACUGUUGAACAUUGUACAUACCUGCAGGCUAAAGAACUUGGAACAGAUCCGGGAAACCAUCACUGAUCAGAUAUUACAGCUGGAGAAAGAGUCCAACGCUCUGAUGGAGAUAGAGAAGGACACUGUGGAAUUCUGGCAGACCCAGUCCCAGACAUUUGCAUCAUUCUGUGAAAGACAGCAGAUGAGGCUAAAAUCAUUGGAAUUAAUGAACCCAAAUACAAGAGGUGUGGUGGCACAAGUGGGUGAACCAUCAGCUCAGCAGGAAACCAAAACUGGAAAUGAACUAUUGGUGAAGUCCACAAUACCGCAAUGAUAAUUUUAUGAAUAAUGCCAUUUAUUUUCUAAGGAAAAGCCUCUAUCCAGAACAUCAUAGUUUUCCCCUGAAUCCUUUAACGGACUAGUUGCUCAGUAAUGACUUGAAAGAAAGCGGAUUAGAAGCAGAACAUGGCAACACAGGAGAAUUUGUUAAAACAAUUAUACAUUGUUCAGGUUUUAGUUUCAUAUGCAUUCUUUGUAAUCACAUAUCUCCACUGAUAUUUUUCCAAGAGAACAAAAACGUAAUUCUGUCACUAUUUCAUAUAGCAUUAUUAUGCUCUACACCUUGAUCCUACAUUAUAAAUGAUCACUUGUCUUUUUUUUAUUUACUUAGACUCAAGAUCCUUAGGCUGUUCCUGUAAUGUAACAAACUCAUCUUGGUUAACAUAUUUUGUGAGAAUUGUAAAGGACCUGCAAUUAGCAAUUUGGUUCUCUAUGAAUAAAAUGUUAUCACUCGCA